CGCGCACACGUAACGUAUCUCCUCGCGCGCGUGAGCGACAUGGCGUCGUGUGCUGUACAGCUGAUCGAUAAAGUAUCGAAAAAGAAGUUCGAGAAAAAGAAAGUUGUGACAUCCAUUCUGAAAGAGCCCUAUAUGAAGCACCCAUUACAAAACAGAUGGGGUCUUUGGUUCUACAAGAAUGAUAAGAGCAAAAUGUGGCAAGACAAUUUAAGACUGAUCACGAAGUUCGACACGGUUGAAGACUUCUGGGCAAUACACAACAACAUACAGCCGCCAAGCAAACUCUCCUCCGGGUGCGACUACUCCAUGUUCAAGGACGGCAUAGAGCCCAUGUGGGAGGACAGGAGUAAUAAAUGUGGCGGCCGCUGGCUGAUCACUCUCGCCAAGCAGCAUAGACACACUGAACUUGACCGUUUCUGGCUGGAGACGCUCUUGUGUCUCAUCGGAGAGAGCUUUGGCUCUUUCAGCCGGGAUAUCUGUGGAAGUGUUAUAAACAUCCGUGCCAAAGGGGACAAAAUUGCCAUCUGGACCUCUAAUGCGGAGAAUUGUGAGACCGUAACAUACAUUGGUCAGAAGUAUAAAGAGAGUCUGGGCCUUCCACAGAAGCUUGUCAUUGGAUAUCAAGCCCACGCAGACACGGCAACUAAGAGCAACUCUAUAACCAAGAACAAGUUUGUUGUUUGAAAAUAUGUAUUGUUGUGGGACUGUUCGAGACGUAGAGGUUAUCUUUGUAUAUUUUCUUCAUUAGUGAGAGCACUUAAAUGUGUUAUAUGCGAUGAACUUGAGUUGCACUUGUUUUGACGGGAUUUGUCUAGAAUGCCUUUUUUUUUUGUUGACAAUUUAAACUUGAACUUCUUUUGCAAAAGUGUGCUGAAAAAAUGCACUGGCUUUCCUCGUGUGAACGCUGUACCCUGUCGAUACGGAUUGCGUUGUAUUUGAAGAAUUAAGAUAUGCUUCUCUUACAAAUGAGUGAUGAAAAAUAAAAACUUAAAGUCGGCAUGAAACGAAAAAUGUCAAUUCCAAUUUAUUCACAAUGUUGCAGUGUUCACUAUAAGUUAUUUAUCCAUGCACAUCAUUAUUUAAAAAAAAAAAGAUUUGAAUUUAUAAUCUUAAAAAUGUUAACCUCCUCCCUCCCUUGAAACGACCUCUCUUCGCUUCUGGUCACGAGGAAUGGCGUGAGGGCGGGGCUUCAAUAAAUUGCAAACUGGAAUAUAAAUCUACACCCAACGUUAAACGACCCAAUCUGUACUCGAUAAACAAAAUC